AUGUCUUCUUCAGAUGAUGACACGCCUCUCGUAAAGGCAAAGACAGGAGCCGUCUCACAAGAUCGCAUCCCCAAAGCUUUGGACAAAGCCAUGGACAAACAGGCUCCUUCCAACGGCCAUGUCGAGCCCGGCAUAUCCAUCCGAAUGGGGCCGGUCGACAAAAUGGACGUCGACGAACCGGCCACCAAUGGCAACACCAACGGGAAGCGCAAGGCCCGGGUCAGCACCACAAACGGGAAGACAUAUAAGGACGCAAGCAAUUCGGAGGAUGAUGACAAACCACUGAGUAAGCGACGACGAACAUCGCAGCAAGCAAAACCACCCAAAGACGACUCAUCGUCGGAGCUUAGUGACGUCCCUCUGAAGGCCAGGACUCUCCCCAAAGCCAGCGCCGAACAGAUUGGGCAAUCCUCGGAUUCUGACACGCCUUUGACCACAAAACUCCUGAGGAAGAAGGAGUCGAUCGAAAAGGCCGCCGACAAAGAAGCCAAGGCGAUACGAGGCAAGGAGAAGGCCACAGCCAAGCGCAAGUCAAAGAUCGCCAGCGACAGUGACGACGACAUCCCUCUCGCGAAGAAGAAAGCGCCGGUCAAAAAAGGCAAGCAGGUCAAGAAGGAAGAAUCCGACUCGGACGCGCCUCUUGCGAAGAAGCCUGCUGCGAAGAAGGCCAAAGCCAAGCCCGUCGUGACGACACCCGCAAAGAAAGGCAAGGGCAAAGUGAAGGCCGAGCAGACCGAGGAGGACCGCUUGGCUGAAGAGGAGGAGGAGGAAUACCGUUGGUGGGAGGAUGCGGGUAAGAGCGAUGGAACCAAAAAAUGGGAUACACUCGAACAUGCCGGCGUUGUAUUCCCGCCAGAGUAUGAACCUAUGCCCAAACAUGUCAAGUUCAUCUAUGAUGGUGUGCCUGUUACCCUGCAUCCGGAAGCUGAAGAGAUUGCGAGUUUCUACGGAAGUAUGCUAAACUCGGCACAUAACGUUGAGAAUCCCACGUUCAACAAGAAUUUCUUCGAAGACUUCACAACUGUUCUGGACAAGACUGGACACGCCAAAGAUAAGGAUGGCAAAACCGUCAAGAUCAAGACGUUUGAGAAGUGCGACUUCAAGCCCAUCUUCGAAUGGUUCGAAUCGGAACGUGCUAAGAAGAAGGCUCUUCCAGCGGCCGAGAAGAAAGCUCUCAAGGCUGAAAAGGAAACAGAGGAGGCAGCUUUCAUGCACUGCAUGUGGGACGGUCGCAAGCAGAAGGUCGGUAACUUCCGCGUCGAACCUCCUAGUCUCUUCCGUGGCCGUGGUGAGCACCCCAAGACUGGUCGUGUGAAGAAGCGUGUCACGCCGGAACAGAUCACCAUCAACAUUGGCGAGAAGGCCAAGGUUCCAGAGCCGCCGGCAGGCCAUCGUUGGAAAGAAAUCAAGCACGAUCACGAAGGCACUUGGCUUGCUAUGUGGCAAGAGAACAUCAACGGCGCUUACAAGUAUGUCAUGCUUGCUGCAAACUCGGACAUCAAGGGCCAGAGCGAUUUCAAGAAGUUCGAAAAAGCGCGAGAGCUGAAGAAGCACAUUGAUCACAUUCGAAAAGAUUACAGAAAAGAACUCAAGUCCGAGAAGAUGGUUGAUCGUCAGCGGGCUACCGCCAUCUACUUGAUCGAUCAGUUUGCGCUCCGUGCGGGUAACGAGAAGGGCGAGGACGAGGCAGACACCGUUGGCUGCUGUUCCCUCAAGUUCCAGCACGUUACAUUGAAGCCUCCGAACACGGUCAUCUUCGACUUCUUGGGUAAAGACAGUAUCCGUUUCUACGAUGAGGUGGAGGUGGACCAGCAGGUCUUCAAGAACCUCAAGAUCUUCAAGAAGGAACCCAAGACGACUGGAGAUGACAUCUUCGAUCGUCUGACUACCUCUGCGCUGAACAAGCACCUGACCAACUACAUGGCCGGUCUGACUGCCAAAGUCUUCCGUACCUACAACGCUUCCUACACCAUGGCCAGGUUACUCAAGGAAAUGAAAGCCAAGGGCACGAUUCAAGAAAAGGUCAAAGCAUACAACGACGCCAACCGUGAGGUUGCUAUCUUGUGUAAUCAUAAGCGUACUGUUGCUGCAGGCCACGCUGGAUCUAUGGAAAAGAUGAUCGAGAAGAUUAACGGUCUUCGCUAUCAAGUCUGGAGAACCAAAAUGAUGAUGAUUGAUGUGGACACGAAGGUCAAGAAGAAGAAGGGCGCUGAGUACUUUGAGCGACCUGAGGACCUUGACACGGAGUGGAUGAAACAACACCAAGAGGCAGAAGUCGAAGAGCUUCGCCAGAAGAUCACGAAGAAAUUCGAAAAGGAUAACGAGAAGCUUGCCGCUGAGAACGAGAAGGAGAUGAAGCCCAAGGAACUUCAAGAACGUCUUGAAAAGGCCACCGAGCUCGCCGACAAGUACAAGAAGGAGAACAAGACCGGCAAGGUCGAGGCUGAGGGCAAGGGUCCAACGGUUGACAAGCUUGAAACGGCUGUGGAGAAGCUGAACCAGCGUAUUGAGAACAUGAAGAUCCAGAUGGAGGACAAGGAGGGCAACAAGGAGGUUGCCCUGGGCACAUCGAAGAUCAACUACAUCGACCCCCGUCUCACCGUCGUCUUCUCCAAGAAAUUUGACGUCCCGAUUGAGAAGUUCUUCUCCAAGACGCUACGUGAGAAAUUCGAUUGGGCCAUCAAGUCCGUCGACGAGGACUGGGAAUUUUAG